CGAAUUCUAGGGUGUUUGCAAUCCCAAAGAGCACGGCGAUGUAAAUGUUUGAGGCACAAGCACUCGUGACAGACGACAAUAAGCAAGAGGGAAAACGAGAGCAUUGAACAUUUGCCGGUUGUCUCACACCUGCUUCAGAGAGGGACUCGCUACAACUUCUUGCCUGAGACGGGAGCACCAGUGGCCGGGGUCAGGAGCCAGGCGUUGACCCCCUCUCUCCCUCAAGACUGAGGAAUCCUGUUCAAUCAACGCUCCUAGCAUGGCUGGUAAAUCCCACCCGCCUCUGAUGAAGAAGCACAGUCAGUCCGACCUGGUGAGCCGACUCAAGACGCGUAAGAUCCUGGGCGUGGGAGGCGAGGACGAUGAUGGAGAGGUGCACCGGUCCAAGAUCAGUCAGAUGCUGGGGAACGAGAUCAAGUUUGCGCUGCGAGAGCCUGCGGGACUGAGGCCGUGGAUCCUCUUCUCCGCGGUGGUCUUCACGGCCGUGGCUCUCAUGGCCCUUACGGUCCCUAGUCAGCUGUAUGAAGUUGUGUUUGAAGAGGAGCAAACAGCCACGAGUCUCUCCGUUCGUCUCUACGGAGGAGCGCUGCUCAGUCUGUCCCUCAUCAUGUGGAACGGCCUGUACAGCGCUGAGAAGGUCAUCAUCCAGUGGACCCUGCUGAGCGAAGCCUGUUACUUUGCCAUCCAGUUUAUAGUGACCUCCAUCACUCUCAUAGAACUGGGCCUUUUCUCCAACUCCGCCAUCCUCCUCCUCCUCAGCCGCCUGCUCUUCCUCACAGUCACCCUGUCGUACUACUACCACCUGGGCCGCCGGAACCGGAAGAUGUGAGGCCCCCGAGGGUGGGCGGACUCACACACACACACACACGGCGACAACGGAAGUGCUAAACAUCACUUUCCCCAUCGACUCCAGCUGCAGUCAGGAAAGAACACCCAAGCCUUGUUGGAAAUGACAUCAUCACACACAUCACAGUUUUAUGCCUUUUUACAAUAUUCUUUUUUUUGAAUAGGGAACAUCGCCAGGUGUACACAGUAAAUAAUAAUUGUUGUUUUGUUUCUUUUUUGUUGUUUGAUUUGUGGUGCAUCACCAUAAACAGUAUCUUGCCCUGUGAUGUUUCUGUCCAGGAUAUCACCAGAACUUCUGCUGAGCAUUACAUGAAAUGCUGCCAUUUCAGUAGUUGAGCUCCGUUCCGUAUGAUUUUAGUGGGAUCAUUUGAUAGCUUGAUAUGUCUUAAUUAAUUACACAACCCUAUAUUUUCGCUAACACAGUAUAGACUUAACAAGGACAAUGAUAUUAACUAACAGCAUUUUUGGCUUUAGGAGGCUUCCUGCAAUUGGGCCUCCUUGCUGUAUCCACUCAGCCCUUCUGCUCAGCAGGUUACAUUUUUAAAUCCUCCACAAAACAUGCCUCAAAGUCUCUGUCGCAUCCUCCUCCUCCCCUCCAAUAGACAGGACAGGACAGGACAGGACCGGACAGGAGUUCACAGGGCACUCUACGCUAUCAGGGAAUAAGCAUUUGAGUAACCAUCAAAUUACUCAUAUGGGAAGAAAAAUAAGGACAUUGUACCGAAUGACCAAAGUUAAAAGUCUACUAUUUACAUGAACACUACACAUUUGCUCUAGACUAGAGUAACACACGAGUAACACAGUACUUGUAUGUGCAUGCCGCAAUUAAUAUGAACUCUCUCUGUCUUGUAACGUGAGAUUCGGUGGGGCGGUGUGCCGCCACCAACCCUGUCCCUGAUCUGUAGGUAGAGAAAAAAAAGAGCUUGACUCUUCCAAGUGAUUUGUGGCCAGGCAUGUACAGUGUAGCAGAUUGCUUUUGUUGAUCAGUUGUAGCACAGUUGUUUCCUUCUACUAUAGUGUUGCCUUAAAAACUUCCGACAUAGCGACAGGACGUUCAGUCAUGAAUCAGUGUCUUCUUUCUAACUCACAGUAGCCAUACUUACUGCCAAUAAUUGUGAUUAUUAUGGACUGUAAAUUGCACAAUUUAUCUCUCUCUUUUUUUGGUAUUUUAUGAAUAUGAGCUUAUUUAUUUGGCUGAGUGUGUCUUGAGUGUCUGGAGUCAUUUUGUAUUUUUGGUAUAACAUGAGAUGGGUAUAUCCCUUCCUUUGUAGUACUGCAUGCAUAAGAUACAUGUUGAAGUAGCUUUUGUAGCAGACCUCUUUAAAAAAGGAAUGUGCAGCAGCUGUGGAGAGAUGAGAUUAAGCAUGUGAAAUGACUAUUCAUAAAAUGGCGCCUGGCUGUACACUAAUUGGUUGUGUAGAGCUAUCUGAUAAAAAACGAAACUAUUCUGUGUGCAUUUAGUUUUUUGUUUUGUUUUGUUUUGUUUUUUUUGACACAUAGAAGUUAUUUUGUAAAUGAGUGUGGGUUUGGGUAUGUGUGUAUGUGUGUAGUGUAUGUGUGUGUGUUUGUAUGGGAGUGUGUUCAAAGAGCUUUGUGUAUAUUCCAGGAAGGGAGUAACUUGUCCACCUGUCUAUUUUUCAAUUUCAGUCGUUAUCAUUGUGAACAGUGUUCUUUCUACAUCACAUAAGCACCCCUGACUGAUGUUUUGACCACUACAAAAAAUAUAUAUAAAAUAAAUGAACAAAUUCGCUGAGCCACAUGCAGUAGUAGUAAUAUCUGGAGACCAUACGAUAACCUGCCCAGUAAUGGGCUGAAGACAGUGCAGUGCCCACAGGGCUGGUGCCGGAUUGGUUUUGUUUACAGAAAAGGUCCUCUGGCAGGAGGAGGCAUGGAAUAUUCCCAUGUGUUGCAAACACGCCUGGACACACAGAGAGGGACCGAUUUGUUUAUACGAGCGCAGCAAGUGUGUAUGCGUGGGUCAGUAAAUGACAGUGUUCUGACUGUUUGUUUCCAACCAUGGUAACCAGAAGGACUCCGCUAUGGCUCCGAGUGCAUCAUAGAGGUUCUCUUGUACCCAGUGUGGCAGCGCUGAGAUGUUUGGCAAAGCAAGUGUCCUGCAAAGGUUUGAGCUCGGACAGGCUCUCUCUGUGAGACUACAAUUUUUCUUCUUUAGAAUGUUUAAUUAACCAUGGCCUUCUACCAUGUUUGUUCUGGCCAAGUGCAAAAUAUCUGACCAGUGGCAAUUAGAGUGUUUUGAACCAACAACUGCAUGCCGCUGAUUAGACGGUUUCACUGAUGCCGUUUGCUUUAAAUUAGCUGUAGGCCUAUAGAAGGAGCUGAGCUGGAACUCUGGAGUGCCCUAAUGGUCUCUGUCUGAUGUACAUGUUCAUGAUUGCCCUGACUGUUUAAGGGCAUCAAACCCCAUCACUCGUGUCGUUUCCAUUUGUAGUAAGAUGUACAAGCACAAAAGUAUGCGCGCCAUUCAUCAUCAAAACUGCUCUGAGCAACAAACCAAUUCUUGUCAUCAUCAGCCAGGUGUUAUUAGGUCUACAGAGUACCAGUACUGCCUAGGAAGCCCUUGUGUAAGGUGUGAAAUGUGUGUCAGUCAUUUUAUGACUCCUUGUAUCACUACCACUGAUAACUUGCAGCUUAACAGCAGUCUCACCUACUUCACAUGUGUAAGUGUGUAAGGCUGUUCCAGAUAGUUUUGUUUGUUUUUAUGUGUGUAUGUGUAAAUAUUGUACAAAAGAGAAUGUGGUUGUCCUGAAAUAGUUUUCAAAUAAAGAUAUA